UAGUAGCCUAAUUUCUUAACCCAGUUGCAUAUCAAUAAAGAGAAAAAAAUACAAAAAUCACAUUUGCAUAUGUACACCUUAUUCAUUCAAGUAUAGGUAGUAAAUAAAUAGCACCAUUGAAUCGCAAAAUAUUUUAAUAUGAAGUUUUAACUUUGCAGGAAAACUUGAGAAAGGUUGCACCCUCAUUUUUUUAUCUUCAUGACGUUUUCCUCGCGACAAACCCUGAGUGUACAAACCUUCCACACGACUAGGUAUAUACAGAUACUGAUACAUACACUGUUAAAGUACCAUGACUCAUUGUGCGCAAACCUCCGAGAUACUCAAAGCUUCAACACAUGAGAAAAUUCUCCUUUUCAGCUGCUCCAAUGCAAGGCUAAUUAUAUAUUUACAAAUAUUUGAAUGUGUAUCUUCUCAAAACUGUUGAAUAUUUGGUAGGACUACAGUAGUUCUUUUAUGAACUUAAAUACAUAUUAAUUAAUUAAUCAAGACACAAAACGAAUUAAAACCCGGCCCAACAUAACAUUCACACGUAAUAAUAAACAUUUUUGAGACGUCUCUACAUUCAACUGUUUUCAACUAAUAAUUUUAUUUUCCGCAAAAUUAAUUAAUUAUCGGAAUGUCGAAUUAUGACAAUUGUUUUGUUUGGAAGUGUGCAAUUUGUGGUGCAAACUUUCCUCAUGAGCCAGGAAUUGCGUUGCAUAUUUUAGAGGAACAUGACAUCAAUAUUCUUCUGUGGGACGAGGUCAAAUUGGACACAUUACGAAUUAUCCUGCCGGAAAGGCCGAAAUUUUGGACUAGAGUGGAAUCCUGGGAGGAUAUAGGGGCCAAUGAUGAGAUCGAAAUAAAAGAAGAAAUUUUUAUAGCUGAUACAGAAGAAUUUGACACAGAUGAGGGUAAUGAUGACAAUAAUGCUGUUAGUGGUGACAAGCCAUUUCCCAAUUUCGACCUAUCGAAUGAACAACCAUGUUACAUAUAUGGGAUAAACUUCGCUACAAAAAAAGAUUUAGCAACCCAUCGCAAAACGCACAAUGGCCAGCGUCCCUUCACCUGCGACAAGUGUCCCAAAACCUAUGCGAGUUGGGUUAUGUGCGAAAUGCACAAAUUGCGCCACACCCCGGAGUGGUCGGAACUUGAGAAUGACUCCAAGAAAUUGGCCAACUUUAGACGGAACUUUACCUUGGAGCGGAGGAAGUGGCGAAUGAAGUAUUACAAACCACCAAAACUCCAUGAGUGUCCUCACUGUGGAAAAACGUUUAAAUGGGCGUCGAAUCUUCGACAUCACAUUGCAGGACAUGGAAAUGAUCGAUCCUUCAUCUGUACCACGUGCUCGUCCAGGUAUCGAAAUAGUUACUCGUUGCGGAUGCAUAUCGCCAGUGCAAAUUGUUCCAAGGUGAUCCUCACAUCAUUUUCGCGUCCCUUCCAAUGUGAACUUUGCCUUGUUCGAGUAAAGACGGAAAAACUGCUGAGAUCUCAUCGCAAAACUGUACACGGAAUAAACCCCCCUCCCCCGCUAAGGUGUCGUACUCGUGUCCCCAAUGUCCCCACGUGGCGAGCGGCCCGACCGAUUUCAAGGAUCAUAGAAACAUCCAUUCCGGUGUGCGACCGUAUCGGUGCGAGGCGGUGAAUUGUGGGCGUGCGUUCACUAAGAGAAAAUACUUGGUAAAACACGUCAAAACCUGCGCUAAGGCACGUGAGUGCGGACUAAGUGUUAAAUUCGUGGCUGAGAAGAAGACCGGGGUUGCUGCUCCGGGAGGCAUAAAUUGUCCAGCCUGUGGGAAGCAAUAUAAAUAUUUUAGCGAUCUGGAGCGUCAUCAACGUACCCAUGAUACGGAGAGAUGGAAAUGUGACAUUUGCGGGGUUGGAUUUCGGUACAAGUUAGGAGUGGAAAUGCACCGGAGGGAAUUUCAUAAGGAAAUGUUGGUCGCACAGUGCCCCGAGUGUGGGGAAAGGUACAAGGAUAAGAAUGGGGUGAACAACCAUCAGCAGAAAGUGCACGGAAAGAAGGGUCCGAUUCAAAAGUUGCGCCAGGUUCGGCAUGGGGACGAAGGAAAUAAACCUAUAAUGGAAAGGGGAGAAUUGAUCUCUGAGGAGGUGGAAAUAGAAACCUGUCAGUAUGCGGAGCACAGUGAAAUUUCGGAUCCUUUAGAAUGAAAGUAAGUAUUGUGGUUUAUUGAGUGCUCCGCAUGUAAAUAUCGUCGUACUAAUUCUAGAUAAACCUAAGUGCAGUCGACGCUUAAUUGAAAAAGACCUAAAUGCAGGCUGUCAAAUCUAGCUAUUAUAUGUAGUAUAUAUUUAGUAUAUAAGAUUAGUGUAUUAUACUACAUAAUAGGCAAAGCGAGUUUUAAGGUCGAACCGUGUUUGUUUGUUCGUGUUCGUUCGUGUUUGUUCACCAAUUGUGGGUGACUUUUUAGGUACGAACACCGUGUUUGUUCGUUCGUGUUUGUUCACCAAUUGUGGGUGACUUUUUAGGUACGAACACCGUGUUUGUUCGUUCGUGUUUGUUCCUGUUUGUUCAUGAACUGUUCUCUUCUCAUGGGUGACUAUUUGUGUAGAACAGAGUCGAACGGUUUGUUCGUGUUUGUUCAUGUUUGUUUUAGUAUAUUUUGUUACGGUACUUUAAUGUUUAAUGAAUACUUAAUAUUAAUAAUAAGUUGACACCUAGAAUGAAAAUAGGUGGCAAUACAUCGGCAAUCAGUGGCAAUAUUAUAAGGCAAUCUGUGGCAAUAUUGUAAAGGCAACCUUGACAAGUGGCAAGGAAUAGUCUAAGUGGCAAUAACCGAUCAUUGUGUAAAUUGUUUGAUUGAAAA